CCUUGCCAACAAAUUUUAAAAUAUGAUUUGCUGUUGUAGUUUUUAUCAUGUGGCACUUAGUACACAAAAUCUAUACCCUACAGCCUCACACAUUUCUGCCUCAGUUUUACUUCUCUUACUUUUACUCUGAUGUCACGCCCUCUAUUGUUUCCUGUUAAAAAUGUCCUGAAAACACCUUUACAGGCUGGUGGCAAGGCAGGAAAAGACAGUGGCAAAGCCAAGGCAAAAGCAGUGUCUCGCUCCCAGAGGGCUGGGCUGCAGUUCCCAGUGGGUCGUAUCCACAGGCACUUGAAGACUCGCACAACCAGCCACGGUCGAGUAGGAGCCACAGCAGCUGUGUACAGUGCAGCUAUCCUUCAGUACUUCACCGCUGAAUGCUCUCUUGAGGACAGUGGGAGGGGGACAGCCAGAGGUCAGCCUUCAGCUCCCAUGCUCUUCUGCAGCACACAGGAGAUGCCUGAAGUGCACCACAACAGUGACUCAGUGUUGAAGGGCUGA